AUGAGCCACACCAUCCCCGGCGGCUGCUACUGCGGCAAGAUCCGCUACGAGAUCCGGCUGGACGACCCGGCCCAGGACGCCCGCACGUCCCUCUGCCACUGCGGCAACUGCAAGAAGUUCACGGGCGGCAGUUUCGGCAUCACCAGCAAGAUCCCCCGGUCCAGCUUUAGGGUCACGCAGGGCCAGGACGCCGUCCAGGUCCACGAGGCGGACAACGGGGCGGGGACGGUCCUGCACCGCGAGUUUUGCAAGGUGUGUGGGAGUGGGUUGUUGGAGUAUGGGGCCAACGCGGGCGACUUUGUCUACGUCUUCUACGGCACCCUCGACCGCCCGACCGACCUGCCUCCCAAGGGCGAGUUUUUCACCAGCAGGCGCGAUUCGUGGAUGCCAGAGGUUCCUGGAUUAUUCCAGAAGAAGAAAAUCAAGGAAUAG